AUGUCGUAUGAUCAGGCUCGUGUCUAUUCCACGAGUGUUUACCCUCGUGAGGAGUCGGAGACUACUCCCCGUUUCGAGAUCUUGAACCUGUUUAAACAGUUUAUUCAAGAGUUUUGGAUCGAGAACAGAUAUAUCUAUCGUCAGCAGUUGCGCGAGAAUGUUCUUAUUAGAAAGUAUUCUCUUACUGUGGAUGUUGGCCAUGUAUUGGCUUUUGAUGAAGACCUCGGUCAGAAAUUGACUGACGAGCCCGGUGAGAUGCUUCCUAUAUUUGAGAACGCCGCUAGAGAGAUUGCAAAGAGAAUUGUGUAUCCUUCGGAAGUGGCAGAGUCGGAAAAUUCUGCUGAUGAAAACAGACAGAACAGUUUGGCUUCUAUCCCAAUGUGUCAAAUCAUUCUCACGUCAUCGUCGUCUCCUAUUUCAAUUCGAGAUCUCAGUGCUAAGUACAUUUCUAAACUGGUGAGGAUUCCGGGUAUUGUCAUUGGAGCUUCUACACUAUCAUCAAAAGCCACACAGUUACAGCUUAUUUGCAGGAAUUGUCGUCAUGUAUACAGGAUGGAUGUCGGAGGCGGGUUCUCCGGUUUACAACUGCCGCGUAACUGUCUUGGUCCGGCUCCCCCUGGUGGUGAGCCCAAGACAUGUCCUAUGGACCCUUAUGUGAUUGUCCAUGACAGAUCUACUUUUAUCGACCAACAAGUUCUUAAACUACAGGAGGCUCCUGAUAUGGUUCCAGUAGGAGAAAUGCCUCGUCACAUUCUGUUGUCGGCUGACAGAUAUCUCACCAACAGAAUCAUCCCGGGUACCAGGUGCACUAUCAACGGUAUCUACUCUAUCUAUCAGAAUAAGGUCAAAGGACAGAGUGCAGUGGCCAUCAGAAAUCCAUAUGUGCGUGUAGUUGGCAUUCAAACCGACUUGGAACGUGAUAUUGAUCAUAGUAGUUCUGUGUUCACUGAGGAGGAAGAAGAGGAAUUUCUGGCCCUGUCCAGAACUCCAGACUUGUAUGAGAAGUUUUCUCAGAGUAUCGCACCGUCUAUUUAUGGAUCCACUGAUAUUAAAAAGGCUAUUACUUGUCUGCUGAUGGGUGGUUCGCGGAAGUUCUUGCCUGAUGGUAUGAGACUUCGUGGUGAUAUUAAUGUGUUGUUGCUCGGUGAUCCAGGUACAGCCAAAUCACAGCUUUUAAAAUUCGUCGAAAAAGUGUCUCCAAUCGCAAUUUAUACAUCCGGUAAAGGAUCUUCUGCGGCCGGUUUGACUGCCUCUGUUCAGAGAGAAAGUUCGUCUCGGGAGUUUUAUCUGGAAGGAGGUGCCAUGGUACUGGCUGAUGGAGGUGUUGUUUGUAUUGAUGAGUUCGACAAGAUGAGAGAUGAAGACAGAGUAGCUAUCCAUGAAGCCAUGGAACAACAAACGAUUUCCAUUGCCAAGGCCGGUAUUACCACGAUUCUCAACUCCAGAACAAGUGUGCUAGCAGCAGCCAAUCCUGUAUUUGGCCGCUAUGAUGACAUGAAGAGUCCGGGUGAGAACAUCGAUUUCCAAACAACCAUUUUGUCUCGUUUCGAUAUGAUUUUUAUUGUCAAGGACGAUCAUGAUCAAGCGAGGGAUAGAACCAUUGCCAAGCACGUUCUUGAGACACAUAUCAACGGAAACUCUGCUGCUGUCGAGGUAGAGGGUGAGAUUCCUAUUGACAAAAUGAAGAGAUAUAUUUCAUACUGCCGAACCAAAUGUGCACCACGACUCUCACCUGAGGCUUCUGAGAAGCUGGCCAGUCAUUUUGUUGGUAUCCGAAAGCAGGUUCACCAGAAGGAAGUGCAAGUUAAUGAGAGGUCUUCGGUUCCUAUUACAGUUCGUCAAUUGGAAGCUGUUAUCCGUAUUACAGAGUCAAUUGCCAAAUUACAUCUGUCACCAGUAGCUAAUGAACAACACGUUGACGAGGCUAUCAGACUGUUCUAUGCCUCCACUAUGGAUGCUGUUGGACAAGACGGAGAAAGCAGACAAGACCUCAUCCAAGAAGUAGCCAAGAUCGAAGAAGAACUCAAGCGUCGUCUACCUGUUGGCUGGAGCACUUCGUACCAGACUCUUCUUCGAGAGUUUGUCAACGGUCCUAAAAACUACCAGAAGUAUGCUCUCGACCGUGCUCUCGACGUUCUCGAACGCCGCGACACUAUUCAAUUCCGUCACCAGCGAAGUAAUAUUCUCCGGGUUGGUGUUUAA